UCCGCUGCGUGAGCUGAGCUGUAGGCUGUGGGCUGUCCUCCAGUGGGGAAACUCUAUGCACAUGGGACUCCUACAAAACACACCAGGUGCCAGUCCCCCUCCCUCAUUCGGCACCCACAGCCUCCCCUAAUCAUCACUCCCUACCAGAGGGGACCCGCAGGAAGCAAGGCAUCGUGCAAAUCCACCCCUUCAGCUCAGUUUUCGAACCAGGGUUAAAAAAAAACCCUGAUAACAUACCACCAACAACACAAACAACAAUCAACAACAACAGGAAGAAUCCUCUUUUCGCUGCUGCAAAGGAAAGACGUGCGCUGAAGAAGAUGUUCAGUUCCAGCCGAUGCGGCAACUUCACGUGGAAUGGUACUCUGAAGGGUCUGAAGACCAGCUAUGGCUGUGGUGGGAGCGGUGCAGCCGUAGAGCGGUACAGGCCCAGCAUGGCAGCCCCGAGCUCCAGCGGACUGGAGGUGCUGCUCUCCACACUGCAGCAACGGCAUCAGGAGGCUGGUGACAUUGAGAGCACUCUCAAUAUCCUGAAUGUGCUGGAUGAGCUGCUCUCUGCCGGAACUGACAGACGGAUCCACUACAUGAUCUCCAAAGGAGGCAGUGAGUCCCUGCUCAUGGCUCUGCUGAACACUGUUCAUACGCUCCCUACCAACUACACACUACUGCUGCCCAUCCUCCAUCUACUGGCCAAGGUCGGGCACAGAGACCGCAGGAUUGGUGUGAAGGCGGAGAAGGCAGAGGCUGUGCUAGUGAUGCUGUCGCUGCUUCGUCAGAACUUGAAGGAUCCUCGGAGGACUACCGCAUGUCUCUAUGUCAUCCAGGUCUUUUGCGCCUCAGUUUCCACGGCGACGCUGCUGGGCAAAAACAGAGCGCUGGACAUAGUCUUCAGGCUAAUCCCGACCCACACUACCAAACACAUUCGCACAGUCAAGGCUGCCAUUGAUGCGUUGGCUGCUCUUCUGCGCUCAAAGGUGAACUGCAGGGCAGCUGUAUCCAAAGGGUACAUCUCGGGCCUGCUCAAGCUGUUUGCAGACUGGCACAACAAUGACACCGAGCGGGAGUACGUCCACAUCCAGAGGGCCCUGCUGCACUGCCUGGACCGUGCCACCCGCAUCAGCCUGGGCAGGAGCGCCCUGGUGGCAGACGGCGGCAUCGAGCUCCUCUAUCAGACCACACAGACCUGCAUGUUUACCAGAGGAUCACUGGAGUGUCUGGUGGAGCCAGCGGUGCAGCUGAUGAGGAAAUGCUACCCCAAGUGCCCCCUCUCACUGUCCUCAGACCAGAGUGUGUACACCUUCCCUCUGCCCGGUGAACCACCCAACCCCUGGGACGUCCCCACAAGUCAAGGUGAUACCUUUGAAGAUGACAGCGACGAUGACAAUGAUGACGAAAAUGAAGAUGCAGACAACAAAGACUACGAGGACGACCUGGAGACAGACCUGGAGUCCCUCAGGCAACGGCCCCAACCCGACAGGCCCCUCGAACAGCUGGGCCAGUACGUACGCCUCUGCCCCGAGCUCCACCAUGACUUUCAGGAGCUGGACUCAUGCUCGGAGUCUGAGGAGAGUUCUGACGAGGACAGUCUGCUGAAUGGUGACUCGGACGAUAGGUGGACGAGAUCGAGAACGUCAAAAUCCGGAUCGCGAAGACGCUCCUCCAGGAUAUCCAGGGGCUCCCCACACUUCACUGGUUGCAAAGGCCACACAUCCUCCUCCCUCUCCAAUGGCCACAGCACACCGGAGGAGGACGGAGAGCAGCAGGACAUGAAGGCCAAGGACCUCCACAGUCACUGCCUUAGGUCACAUGAGGAGGGCCAUAGCAGCAUGGUGGACCGACUGGUGGAGAGGUUUGGUGCCUGCAUCCCGCACCAUGACCCCCGCCUCUACGCCGCCGCAGCCGCCCACACCAGGUCCAUCGCCGGCUACUCCAUCCUCGCCUUCCCAGACUUCUGGGGUCACCUGCCCGUCAAGAGUACAGAGCGCAUGGCAAUACGCAGACCCAACCUCCAGAGGAAGAUGGUGCUUGAGGAUAUCCAACGUUUCCUCUGCCCUGAAGACAUCAUUAAUAAAGUUGUCUUUGACAUGGAGGAUCCCAGCCCUCAGAGUGCUUCUGACCACAAAGACUCCCUGCGUUUCUUCUCUAACUUUGAGUGCGGGAACCUGAGAAAGGCUGUCCAAGUUCGCAGAUUCGAGUACGAUCUGAUCUUGAACGCUGACGCGAACACGUCAAUGCAUCAUCAGUGGUUCUACUUCGAGGUGAGCGGCAUGAUGGCCAAUGUCCCCUAUCGUUUCAACAUCAUCAACUGCGAGAAGACCAACAGCCAGUUCAACUACGGGAUGCAGCCGGUGCUGUACUCUGUGCGUGAGGCUCUGGAGGGUCGUCCCCGCUGGCUGCGCAGCGGCAGCGAGAUCUGCUACUACAGGAAUCAUUUUCAGCCCGGUCGCGGUGAAAGAAGCUCCUGCUUUUAUACCCUCACGUUCACAGUGACCUUCAAGCACGAUGAAGAUGUCUGUUACCUGGCCUAUCACUAUCCCUACACAUACUCGGGCCUCCAGGCUCACCUCCAGAUGCUGCAGAGGUCGGUGGAUCCCCGUAAGGUGUUCUUCCGUCAGCAGAGUCUGUGCAAUACGCUGGCUGGAAACCCCUGCCCCCUCAUCACCAUCACCGCCUGCCCCACCUCGCGCAAGUGGAAGAACCUCCACCAACUCCGUAACCGUCCGUGUGUGGUGCUGACGGCGCGGGUCCACCCCGGGGAGAGCAAUGCCAGCUGGGUGAUGAAGGGCAGCCUGGAGUUCCUGUGCAGCAGCGACCCCGUGGCCCAGAGCCUCCGGGAGGCCUUCAUCUUCAAGAUCAUCCCCAUGCUCAACCCCGACGGGGUCAUCAACGGCACCCAUCGCUGCUCACUGACUGGUGAGGAUCUGAAUAGGCAGUGGAAAAAGCCUGACCCGGCCCUGAGUCCCACCAUCUACCACACUAAAGGAUUCCUCUACUACCUGAACAGCAUUGGCAGAACACCACUGGUGUUCUGUGACUACCACGGCCACUCCCGGAAGAAGAACGUGUUCCUGUAUGGCUGCAGUGUGAAGGAGACUCUGUGGCAGUCUGGCUCCUCAGUUGACACAGCCACCCUGAAGGAGGACCCUGGAUACAGGACAAUUCCCAAGACGCUGGAUCGUAUCGCGCCAGCCUUCUCCUUCAACAGCUGCAACUACCUGGUGGAGAAGUCCCGCGCGUCCACGGCGAGGGUGGUAGUGUGGCGGGAGAUCGGUGUCCUCCGGGCCUACACCAUGGAGAGCACGUACAACGGCUGUGACCAGGGCAUCUAUCAGGGGAUGCAGAUGGGCACGUGGGAGCUGGAGGAGAUGGGCUCCAAGUUCUGCCAGAGCCUGCUGACGCUGAGGAAGAGCGCCAUGCUGUACGACAGCAAGGUCAUCAGCCACACCUCACUGCUGGACGACAGCCCCCUGGACCACAAGUCACACACCUGCUUUGUUGAUGACGAGCCGCCGUGUGUGGAGGAGAUCGAGUACCAUUCCCCCAAGACCUCUGACCCCCCUGGCCACGACCUGGACGCAGAGGUCAGUGCCAACAUGUACAGCACCGAUGAUGAGGACAAGGACAAGGACAAAGAGAAGGACAAGGGCAAGGAUGGGGACAAGCAGCAGUCGCCACACUGCAGACGGACCUCCCACUCCAGCGACCUCCAGAAGUCCCACCACCACUUCCCCCCGCUGUGUCGCCCAGAGUCCCUGGAGACCCUGUAGGGGCGUGACUGGACAUCACCAGUGGGCAUCAGCAGUAGCAAAGCUGUGGUACUCACACUGGCUGCAAUUCAGCAACUGUCCACCUGUGGAGCCAGCCGCUUCUAUGUUUCACUCUUUGGGAAAGAACAAUGGUGAAUUCUAGAACCCUCUUUAAGGAUUCUUUUAAAAAAACCUAAGGCUCUCCAUUUUAAAACAAAGCUACUGUAAGCCGUUCACACACACACCAAAAAAAAUCCCAUUCUCCAUCUAGGGAAUUGGCAUUAAAACAGAGGAAGAGGAGCGCUGUGUACAAAAUUCACUUCCUACAGUACCUGUAAUUAGAAAAAUGAAACACAUUUUAAAUGUAGACGGUCUCAGUUUUCA